GACCGCGCAAGUACCAUUCGACAACUCGUCAAAAUUCAGGUUUUCAAUCAAGUAUUUUCAGUUUUCGCACAGAAUGGAUCCCCAACAGCCAAAUAAUGGAUUUGGACCACUUUCGAAACCUCGUGGAAGCGGUGCCGUUUUCGCUGCUUUGCUUGUGGUCGCUGUCAGUGGUGCUGUCCACAUCGUGAACGCAAUCGCCUUUUCUUCAACCAAGGAAAGCAAAGAUGUAAUCCUUUUUAUGUUCUUUGGAGCCGCUCUUCUAACCCUAAGUUUAGUCCUUAGCGAGUUAGUACGAAGAGUAUGUCUGGUUAACGAAGAAAGACGACAUAGGCACACUCGAUACCAAGGAAGUUGGAAGAAACUUCUCAAUUCUACUUUCACUUUUCGAUACGGCCAUUCUAUUUUGGUCGUUGGUGUUGUGUCGUUUCUGACGGUGUCAUCUUUUGUCUUGUACUACGCCUUGUACGAAGAUUGCAAGACCUUCUGUCGAUCAGAACACUGGGUACUUUUCUCGUUGAACUGCUUCUUGGCCCCUCAACUUUUGUUUCUUGUCGGUUUGCGAGAGCCUUCUAGCGUGGAAGUAUCGCAGAUCAACGAGAUAGAAAACAAAAAUGUGGCCGAUGGUCUUGCUUGGAGCUACUAUUUUGGCUAUUUGAAGCUGGUGCUACCGCGUCUUGAAGAGCAGAUCGGAAGAUCAACAGCUUACAUGUACAAGAUUACAAAGAAAAAGCUUUUCAUAUUGAUUCCAAAAAACUGCUUCACCUGCAAUGAAAUUAAUAACGCAGACAAAAGAAUUAAGAGUGAUGGAAAUCUCGAGCCGUAUGAGAGACACCGAGGUGGGAUAUCAAGGCGACGCUACCAGCACACCGUGCACCAGAUAGAGAUGCCACGCCCUGGUGAAGAUCCCCAUUACUUGGUUCUGGAGUAUGCCACCCCAUUAAUGUCCCUCUACAAUAUGUCUAAGCACCCAGAGUGUGGACUGAGUGGCCAAGAGCGAGAUGAACAGGUAACUUAAUUAAUUCAGCAUACAAACAUUUUUAGUUAAUCGAAUAUUAUUUCGUAUAGCCUUUCCUUUUGUAGCAAAAUGUAGCACUCUCCACUCCCCCCAAUGGACCAUUCCAUUUAAUAUCAACCCCUGCUCCCAUUGAUGAGGUGUUUUUGGCCAGAUCGACCCCUUCACAAAAUUUUCCCUGGGGUAACCCCCUUCAGAAAGUUACAUUUUGGAUAAUAAUCACCUUCAGAAAAACCUUUCUCCUUGUAUUGACUCCCUCCUAAAAUCUCUAGGUUAUUCCUUCUGAAAACAUGAUCUUCCAUGAGAAGGAAUGGAUAUAAAUGGAAAGAAGCAAGACUGAUUUUACAUAUGAUACUAUAAUGACACGUAAAAAAUUUAAAUAAGGAGAAAGUGAACUUUGAAAGUAUAUGGAAACAAAAACCGUUGAAGUUGUGAUAUGAAAGAAAUUUGAAAUUUAAAAAUAGUAUAAAUAAAUACAAAUGGAAGAAAUAAGGAAUGUAUUACAACGAAAGAUGAAAUUAAUGUAGGUAUUAAAAUACCUAAGGGUUCAAGAGUUUUGCCUCUCUUGAUGAGGUAUGCUUCUCUAGACUUUCGCAUACUUAAUCUCAGUAUAAAAUACGAGUCAAACACACUUCUGGUGGACAAACUUCAUGCACAUUCCAAUCUACAGGUGAAACCAGACUUAUCGUCCAUAUCAAAUCAACUGUAACUCUAAAAACGUCAUUUACAUGGUACAAUAAUUAUUAUGCAACCACUACUUUAAACAGUAGAUCGGAGAAACUAAACGACGACUUAAAAGCCAUUUCUCCUUUUCAGGGGAAGAAAGUUAAUAAGCCCCCCUCCCUUCCUUUAAUUAUUCUUCACUAAUAAAUGAUAGGCUGUAUCAGUAAUCAAUCAUGACUGUAACCCUUUAUGUGGACUGAUCCUGGAUGGUUUACUAAAAGUAUUCAGCCACUAGAAGUUCAGAUUUGUUGUUGAUCCUCGGCUGCACGACUUCUAACUUCUGAUACCAAGCUUUUCCCUCUAGUUGUUUAUGGAGAACUGAUACCAUCGACUGUACUAAAUUAAAUAAGCCCCCCCGUCUCUCUUUUAAGCCCCCCUCAAAUGGGUUUAAAAUAAAUACCCCUCGGGGGGGGGGGGAGAGGGGGAGGGAGCUUAUAGAGGAUUUACGAUAACUCCUAAGAAAAAUUUUAAACAAUGCUUACACAAAGUUUGGAGGGGGAGCAAUUGGGGUGUACUUUGGGGGUGCUAAACAAGAGUAUUUGUCUGGUUUUGGGGGUAACCAAAAUUUUAAUAAUUAAAAUUUGGGUAAAUUAAAAAAAAAUCAAUAAUUAAAAUUUUGGUUCCCCCAGAAACCAGACAAAUACUCCUGUUUAGCACCCCCACAGUAUUAUUAUUAAUUUCCUUCAAAAUGCUUUUACCCUUCUGUUUGAAUAGGUAGUCCUGUUUUAUCGCAAAUUGAGGGAAAUCUUAGAAGGUUGUAAAGAAUGUAAAGGGAGGUAUGAAUUAGUGCUCAUCUCCGGGGAAGUCGAGGAUGAAAUUGCAGAUGUGUUGGUACCAAUGCUUCAAUCAUGAUGUGGAUCAGGGAUGAAAGCUGAGUGAAAUCUUCCUGAGUGGUAACAAGGACAGUGUGACCAGAGGGAUUUUGAUCCUUUUCAGCUGUGUUUAUAGAUAGCAAGCAUGGAAAUGUACAAAUGCAAAGUAUAUUGUUUGGUUAACAGUUUACUGAUACGUAGCUUCACGCUUAUGAAUUCCCCUAAAGAGCCCUUUUUUGUGGGGUGGGAGGGGGGAGGGAGGUUAAUUAUGUCCCCAGUUUUACAAGUAAAGGAAUGUAAUAAAGUAAGAGGCCAUGCUGUGCUUGGCUUCGAUACUUUUACAGCUUCUAUCAAUCGUCAGAAUCUUUGGGUCAUAUGAGAAGGCAUUUCAAUUUUGAGAAGAAAGGGACAUUUGAAGAUAAUAGAGCCUAAAUAAGCUAAGAAAUAUUUCAAGACAAGUAAAUUUUUUAAUUUUUUAAUUAAAAUUACUUCAAGUAAAAUAAAGCUUCACACACAACCGAUUCUUUUUUACUCCAGGUUAACUUCAGGCUAUUUUCCCGCGCAACAUAAUUAAGAUUGAUUGACAUAUUUCGCCUUUCUCAAAGCUCAAGAAACUGCAAGUAACCGCAAGCCAGCCAAGUCGGUGUUAAGGAUGGUUUUCAAGUCGCUUGAAACUUUCUUUAAUCGUUUCAACUUUCCGACUUUAAUGAGAUGCAAAGUAAAGUUACUUGAGAUUUUACUUAGGCCUUCACACACGAAUUUUUGGUUAAGUAAAACUUAGCAGCUCUUAAGUCUUACUUAACAGCCUAGUAUAAAGAAAACCAAUUGGCGACAUAUUUUGCGGUUCUAGGCCCCUCAAAACCAAAGAUCUCAGUCUUAACGUUUUUUAGCUAACUACCAGGAAAUUGAAAUAACCUCUUAAGUGUCGCUUUCAGCUUGUACCUUAAAAAUAAAACUUGC